AUGUUAGAAUCCAUUGAAGCUUCAAUCGAACAUAUAAGAUCAAUAUUAUCAUCAAGAUCAUCAAAAACUGAAUAUUCUUUUAAAUUAAACAAUAUUAAUAUUGAUGCAUUAAAAGAUUUAAUUUGUUUAUUAAAAGAAUUUAAAAAUGUAUCUUUACUAGUUCAAAUUUGUACUCGUCCAUCACUGCAUAUGGCUUAUAUUGGUAUCAAUAAACUUGAACAUCAUUUAACUGGAGCUGAUUUUGAUCAAAAUGAUGAUCUUAUCAACAUAGAUGAUCGUCGUGAAGCAGCUAUUUUGCAUCCUCUUUAUCGUGAAUUAACUUUUGCUACAUCAUACUUCAAAAGUACUGCUGAUAUGUACAUUCGUGAACAACUAGAUGAAAUUCUUGGUUUAAAUAAGCAACAACAUGCACCAACUGCUGAACCAUCGAAAAAAAAACAUAAGAAAAUGGAAGAUCAAUUUGCUGAUCCUGAUGAUGAUGUUAAUAAUUAUGAUGUUAAUGUAACAUCAACAACUAUAGUUAAAAAUGAUGAACUCGAAAGAUAUUUAAGAAUGAAUAUUGAAGAUAAAUAUAAGCAAUCAAAUCCAUUACCAUUUUGGCGUGAUCAUCAAACUAAAUUCCCGGCAUUAUCGUUAUUGGCUCGUCGUCUCUUCUCUAUCCCGAUUAACAUCAGCGGCGGUAGAGCGUCAGUUUUCACUUGGUGGUCUUACAAUUACUCAACGUCGUUGUUCUCUUGA